CUUGGUUGUACAUAAUUCGAGGACCUUCUGAAUUCAUGCGAUAGAUUACAUUGAACAACUUAGCAAACUAACAUGGAGUAAGUUACAGAUGAGCAGAAGAAAUAUGAAAAAAGGGUUAAAAUACAACCUUAUAAGUAAUCAACCCUCUACUAUUAUUGCACCUGUUAUAGCUUCUCCUCCCGCACAUUUUAGCUUUCGAGCUAUUACUCUAGAGACAUCUCUUCAUCCAACUUUUGAUCCUAGGCUAAUUGAGACAUCGGGAUGGAAGUCGUCACGACGAUGGACUGGUGGUAAUGGCGGCGACAGUGACUGUGGUGGUGGUAGGGGGUACAAUCGUUCUGGUUUUGAUUUAAAAUGCUACGAGUCUGGUGAGAAUGACCAUUUUGUCCAUAAGUGCAUGACCCAUGGAGGUUCUCGAAAGCAUAAGAAUCAUACUUCUCCUAGAUAUUGCAGGAGCCCUUGCUACGAAGGAGUUUUGAGUCCUUGCGACCGUUCUCCUUGACGUCGAAGUUUGUCACCUUGAGGUCGCGUUAGAAGGUCUUCUUAUCGUGGAAGAGAUGAGGCACAAUAUGCCAAUAAUUGAGUCUUUAUUUUCUUAUCUCAAUGCUUCUUAUUUAUUCGACUACCACCCAUUAAUGAUCAGUAUUCGACUAAUAUUCUGCUUAAUAAAAUUGUAAUUUUUGUUAAAUAUUAUGAGAUUUUGCCUUGAGAAUUUUCAAAGUGUGUACUUAUAUAUUUUGUUCCUUGGAUUUUUGUGCUUUUGCAGGUUGGUGGCUUAAAUUUUGUCUUGGCCAAUGGACAAACUCCAUCUAUACUAAUGGUAUCCAAAAUUCCAACCAUAAUACUUGAUAUGGAUGUCACGUGGCUCCCCUGUCAAGUCUGAUAUUGUAGCCAUUAUACGGUAAAGUGCUACCAAUAUUUGGUUCGGUUGAUUUUCUCUCUUCCCAAAUAUUGCAACUUGCUUAUAUGUUUGUAUUUCAAAUGUAGGCGGUUUUUGUUUAGUUAUAUAUCAGUUCAGGAAAAAAGAAACUCGACGAAAUUCUUAAAUAGCUAUAUUCCAAGCUGUAAAUGUAUUUUUUUACUCUUGUAAAUUUGAACUUUUCUUAAGAGGUAUUUUCCACAUGAUAUUUAUUGCUUCCUUCGUUCAAAUUUUGGAUUGACCAUAAUAUCUCUAUGAAACCUUAUUUCAUUCAUACAAAAAUGUGUGAGGAAAUUUUGUCAUAUAAUUUACCGUCUAACCUUAACGUUCAAAACGCUAAUAUUACCUCCAAUGUAACACAAUGCACGGGUAAAAAAACUAGUACUCAUAUACUAUCUUAAAAGAUUGGAUGGGUCAAACACUAUUCAUCUGUGCACCAUCCAUUUCACACUUUUUUCUGGUUUUCACUGUUCACGAAUGGGUUUAGUUACUGUGACAAAAUAUGUUCUCACCCUUUAUUGCUUUUCUUUCUUAUUACACACCCCUGUUAUCUUUCUUCUCCAUUACAACAAACGAAAUGAAAGAAAGUAAACCCUUGAAUUUUCCAUCUAAAAUCUUCCCUUUCCUUUCCAAAAAUCUGCCGCCGUCUUCGUCGCUGUGCCACCUAAACAAUGCCAUCGGCCUACCACUAUCAUUUACCAAUUCUUGCAUGACGUCGAUUUACAACCGCUGCACUAUAUCCACUGCUACUAUUUCAAGUAAAGAUAAAGAAAUCUCAUCAUUAUUGUACGAUCUCGGCCUCAUAGGUAAAUGGGUUUCUUCUUUUGCUUGAAUUUGUUGACUCCAGGAUGUUGGUAUUAAGUGGGUCUCAUGAAUGUGUAGAAUAUUUUCGUGAAUGCAUUAUGGUGUUUGGAUGAUUUAAUUUUUUUUGUUUAAUUCUUUGUUUUUGGAAAUUCUUCAUUUUUGGAUUUUUUUAGUGCCAUGAGAUUAGUUAAGGUCAUGAUAUGAGAUUAGUUUUCAGUAUAAUCAAAUUUAGGAAUAUUACUUUUCUUCAUGCCCUCAUUUGUCAUUCUGUUCAUUAACUCUUUGCAUUCCUAAAAACUUUUGGCUUUACUAUGACCUAUUUUUGGUGGGAGCGGGUUGCUAUUUUUUUUUUGUUUUAUUCUUUUACUCAUUUUUACCAUUUUGUUAUUUUUGUUUCGAGGAAUUUGAGCAUCUCUUCAAAUACAUGUAUACUAUGAAAGUGUCGGAUUAGGUGGUUUUUGGAGCUUCAAGUUUGUUUGGUUUAAUAUUUGUGGUGGUUUUAGAUACGAGGAUGUAGCUGUACCAUACGAAAGUUGUUUGGUCGAGGAAGAACAAGAAAAACUUCUUCUAAUAAACCAAGGUUAGUGUUUUAUUUUUUCUUUUUUUGCACUGAUAUUUGUCUUUGUUUCCUAAAUUUGGAUUGACUUUUUUCUUUUGGUUAUUUAUGUAGUGAUUGAGAUGUAAUUUUGAGUUUCAUUGCUUUAGCUUCUAUUAAAUAUACAUAUAUUUUUCCGGGUUA